UCUCAAGGUUUCGCAGGUCUAUGGUUGACUAUAGUUGAUCGAUAGAAUAAAUUGUUGACGUAUUUUUAUGAUAGCUGAUAGCUUGUAACUACGUCACAACCGCAGUUGAAGAAAACAUUGUAUCUAUCUUUAUUUAUUUUCAGACAUGGUUACGAUGGGCGAACCCCUCACUUUAGCGAAUGAUGUUAAACGAUCUAUUGAGUUACUAGACAAAUUACAAAAAGGUGGCGAGGUACCUGCAACAAAAUUAGCUGCCUUACAAAAAGUUUUGCAAAGUGAUUUCCUCAGUGCUGUCCGUGAAGUAUAUGAACAUGUAUACGAAACUGUGGAUAUUCAAGGAUCUCAGGAUGUUCGUGCGUCAGCCACAGCAAAAGCGACAGUUGCUGCUUUUGCAGCAAGCGAGGGUCAUGCACAUCCGCGAGUAGUGGAAUUACCAAAAACCGAGGAAGGCCUUGGUUUUAAUGUAAUGGGAGGUAAAGAGCAAAAUUCGCCAAUUUAUAUUUCACGAAUUAUUCCCGGUGGUGUGGCCGACCGUCAUGGUGGCUUAAAACGCGGGGAUCAGCUUCUUUCGGUCAAUGGAGUGUGCGUGGAAGGAGAAAACCACGAAAAAGCAGUCGAACUGUUAAAACAGGCACAGAAUUCUGUGAAACUAGUCGUGCGAUAUACUCCACGUGUUUUAGAGGAAAUGGAAUUACGAUUUGACAAACAAAGGGCUGCUCGCAGGCGCCAACACAUGCAAUAAAAGUAAAGAUUGUUACCAUUU